AUGGGUUCAAUGAAUAGUCACAUGUUUAAUAAUGAUUUCUUUAGAAUAUUCCCCCCAUUUAGAGUGCACCAUUUUGGUUAUAAUUUUUCAUUUCCUAUGUAUGAUGACUUUUCUUAUGUGCAAAAUGAGACUACAUCUUUGAUUCUUCUCGAUAUGCGAUAUAAAGGAAAGGGAUAUGAUAUAAAAAUGUAUUUUCCUGGUAUAAGUAGGGAAAACCUUCGAGUAACCUUGUUUAGCGAUUGUUUGGAGGUUGUAUCAGAUUCUAAAAAGAUAAUAGAAAAGAUAGAUGAUUAUACUACACGUUAUGCUCAAGAAAAAAGAGAAUUAGCUCACAUUCAAGCUGUGCCUAUCCCCAGUAAUGUGCGUGUAAAAGAUAUUAGUGUAAAUUUAAAAGAUGGUGUAUUAAGAAUAUAUAUGCCUAAAAAAUAUGAGGUGUUCAAGAAAUAA